AUGAGUUUAACAAAUAAUAGAACGUUCUUUAAGAACUUCAUUCCUGUUGUGAUAAAGGACUCGGCAAUUGCAGGUGGUUCUAGUUCAGAGAUAAUACACAUAUCCAUUAACUUGACUGGUACAAGAUUGGUUAACUCGAGGACCGAUAGAUCUAUAAGGAUAUGGAAAUGUACUCCGGAAAGACUAAUUGAUCCUGUAAUAAUCGAACAUCCGCAUCUUAAGGCGGUAGAGCGUGUCGCCUGGAAUCCCAAGACGGAGUUUUCGUUUGCAACGGUUGGUAGAGAUGACUUGGUAAAGAUUUGGAGAUGCACUGGAUCGUUGGAGAAGGAAUUAACAAUUGUUAAAAAUGGAAACACAAAUGGUUCAGGUACUGAGACAAUAUGUCAGGUAGUGGCAUACUCCAAUGAUGGCGAGAUACUUACUGUUGUUGACAGAGAUGCAACUGUUCUCUUGUACUCUGUAUCGAACAACUACGCCAAGCUUCAAGAAUUCCAGUUGAACGACCAUAUUUACGACAUCCUGUGGUUCCAUCACGGACACUCGUUUUUCAUGUGUGCAUUGCAUGACGGGUCUGUGCCUAUAUAUAAGAUAACAGACGUCUUACUGGAUGCCAAUGGGUCUUCGCAGGUCAAUGGAUCUGCAGACACCGACAAUUCGAAUUCCAUCACAAUUGACCUCAAACACAAAUUGCUGGGCCACAGAUCAUCAGCGACAUGUGUAGUAGUUGAUCCUAGAGGUAAGUACUUUGCGGUGGGCUCUAAUGAAGGGGUGGUAUCGCUCUGGAACACUUCGUCCAUGCUCAUCUCGAAGGUGCUCACCAAUACUGAUGAAGCCAUUGCAAAUAUCGAUAUCAGUCGUGACGGAACGUAUGUAGCAGUGGCAUACGAUAGCGGAGAAAACAUAAAGAUCUUUGACUAUGACACUACAGAACAAGUGUACGAGGUCCCCAAUAGUAACAGUGGAAACUUAGCCUUAUCGCAUGUGGCCUGGUUCCCUUCCAAAACUGCUUUUGUGCAUACCAGUGAUAAUGGUAGAACAAUGACAUUAAUGAAAAAACCUGGUAAAUAA